ACGGAAACCCGAACUGAUAAAUUAAAGUAUAAACAAAAGGUAAUCACAUGACAUGGAAAAUGGCGGCAACAUCCGCCUCCAAGGAAUCUAGGCAGGAGCAUCUUUACAAAAUCUUGGUCAUCGGAGAAUUUGGAGUCGGAAAGACAUCGAUUAUUCGUCGCUACACGGAAGGUUCUUUUUCUCCGAACUACAAACUCACAAUCGGUGUCGAUUUCGCUCUAAAACUUGUAAACUGGAGCGAUAACACCAAAAUAAAUCUACAGCUAUGGGACAUUGCAGGUCACGAAAGAUUUGGACACAUGACAAGAGUGUACUACAAAUAUGCGAUAGCAGCCAUAAUAGUAUUUGAUCUCUCUCGCCCUGCGACCUUUGAUUCCGUCUCAAAAUGGUUAGGUGACGUUAACUCGAAAGUGAUGUUAGCCAAUGAACAAUCAGUUCCGGUGCUUCUACUGGCAAACAAGUGCGAUCUGACAGAUGUUCAUAUAGAUACCAACCGUUUAAAUCGUUUCUGCGAGGAGAACUCGAUAAUUGGCUGGUUUCCAACAUCUGCAAAAAACAAUGAAAAUAUAGACGAAGCAAUGAAAUUUCUGAUCGAAAAAAUUCUGGAACUUCCUUCCGAAAGUCAGCAACCUUCGGAACACAUUUCGCUUUCUAUGUCAGUCAAGAAGCCACAGUUUGAUGACUCGUUUGAAAUGGACAAAGAAACCCCGAAGCCCAAAGAUCAAUGUUGUAGUUGAUACUAGUGUACUUAGAAUGUGACUUUUAUAAAUGAAGCUUUUCUGAAGAAUACAUUUGACUUUAAAUAGACACAGAAACUCCAAAGCAUCAAUACCAGCGUUAAAGCUGAUAUUAAGCUUUCUGAAACUGUAACCUUAAAAUGGCUGGAUGGUCAACAAAUUACCAAAUUACAGAUAUGCCAUGAAUAUUCAUAAAAAAAUAUGAUAUAUUUGUCAAUAAACUACCGCAUAUCCGGUUUUUUCGCGUGUCACAAACUUUGCAAAAUUAGCUAGGGGAAAUGAGUAAUUUUUUUGGUUAAUUUGCGUCAGUCAUUUUUCGCGGUUUCAAAAGUUAUUAAAACAAAAAUUACCUGAUAAAAUUUUUGCGUAUUCAAUAAGUGAUCCUGGGAAAAGCGAAAAUUAGAUCACCGCGAAAAUCACCGGAUAUACUGUAUAUAUAAAAUAUUGAAAUGUUAUAGCUUUAAACUUUUAAUUGUUUUUCUUAAUACAGAGCUCUUUUUUUCAAGGAGGUAUAUACAACAGUUUAAAAAUGGCCGGGACCAUUCAGCCCCCUGAAAUUGUUACAUUAAUGUGGCUUUUCUUAAUAAUAGAUACAAUGUACUCGAGAAUCUUUGAUUUUUGUGUGACGUUUCAUAUACGUUUGCGUGUAUAAGGACAAGUCAAGCAUGUAAUAUUCCAGAAAUGGGUUUGAGAGACAAAGACUGUGAGUUUUGUUUUUAAUAGUAUGAUUAUUGAAGGUUUAUAUGUAUACAUACAUAUUAAUGCUACAUGAUAUCAUGAUCUCAGUCUACAUGUGCAUGUAUGAAAACUGUUUAUGAAAAUGUUUAAAUGAACAUUGUUACAUUUAAUAUGUAACGUUAAUGUUUAAAAACAUCAAUUGUUAAAAUAAUCAUCACUAUUGUACACGUAUUAUGUUCGUGAAUAAAGUGUUAUUUCUAAAUACAUAUUAAAAAAAAAUUUAA